UAUCACCGUAGUCGGUGGCCGUUAUCAGCCUUCGGAAGACGAUUGGCGGCGGAGGAAGAUAACAGAAAAUAACACACACUCAGCACUUCAAAAUCCCUUAUCUCUGCGACUGCUCCGCCGCGCACGUCCUACCGACUUUCAGUGUCACGACCAACAGCUAGAUCCGCAGUCCGCUGUGUCGCCGCAGCACCGCCGCGGCCCCGCUGUACUUCCAUCGACGUGCUCACGCACAUGACUUCAACGCGCUGUGAUCUUAGUACUUAAUUACGUGUCCCUUGUUUUUAUUCUUCUUCUGCUGCGGCUUCCGCUUCUCCGUCCGGCCGCUCCCGGUUCUACUCUCCUACCGACCCGUUCGAAUCCGCCCGAAAUGAAGUUUGCCGAACACCUCCAGGCCCAUAUCACACCGGAAUGGCGCAAACAGUACAUCAACUACGAGGACAUGAAAGAAAUGUUAUACAAAAUCAUCGAAGAAGCCCCGUCAGCAGAGUCCACAGAUCCAGAAAAUUUACAUCGCCUUUUCACUCAGUUUGAUGAACACUUUUUGCAGUACUGUGAAAAAGAAUUGGCCAAGAUUAAUGUUUUUUACUCAGAAAAACUUGCUGAAGCCAUGCGAAAGUUCUCCACUUUAAAGAGUGAACUAGACUUGCUUUCUUCCACUGCUCUCAAGAUGAAAGACUAUGGAAAAAAGUCAGAUUCAAAUCGACUGAACUUACCUCAACGUAAAGUGCAAGAGCUUAAAUUAGCCUUCAGCGAGUUUUAUUUGAGUCUAAUACUUUUACAGAAUUAUCAAAAUUUAAACUAUACGGGUUUUAAGAAGAUUUUAAAAAAACACGAUAAGCUGAUGAACAAAGAAACCGGUGCAAAAUGGCGCCAAGAACAUGUAGAAAUAUCUCAUUUUUAUACUAACAAAGACAUUUUACGGUUAAUCAAUGAAACAGAACAUACUGUCACACAUGAUUUGGAAUCUGGCGACCGUCAAAAAGCAAUGAAAAGGCUUCGAGUACCUCCAUUGGGUGAAACACAAAGUCCUUGGACAACAUUUAAAGUUGGGCUGUAUUUAGGCUGCCUUAUAGUUUUGCUAGUUGCAAUAUUCAUUUCUGCUACUUUUGAAAAAAAAACCAAUAUUAGACAAGCAUUCCGUUUAUAUCGUGGACCAUUCCUUAUAAUAGAGUUCCUUUUUCUGAUGGGCAUUAAUGUUUAUGGAUGGCGAUCUUCCGGUGUUAACCAUGUGUUGAUAUUUGAACUUGACCCUAGAAAACACGUCACUGAACAACACCUAUUUGAAAUUGCAGGAAUCCUUGGCGUUGUAUGUGCUCUUAGUAUUCUAGGUUAUUUAUACUCUGAUGCUCUAAGUAUACCAGCGUAUAUAAAUCCAUUGUCUCUAGUUAUUUUGUUUGUAAUACUCAUGAUCAAUCCACUUAAAAUAUUUUAUUUUGAAGCAAGAUUUUGGCUGAUACGAAUUAUGUGGCGAAUGGUAUGUGCUCCAUUUUAUUAUGUUGGUUUUGCCGACUUUUGGCUUGCUGAUCAAUUGAACAGUUUAGUAACUGUUCUGUUAGAUGCUCACUAUUUGAUUUGUUUUUAUAUUUACAAUUAUAAUUGGUAUCAUACUUCAGAUGUUAAGUUUAACGUUGAAGAAUAUUUUAUUUCACAAAUUAUAGUCAAUUGUAUUCCUGCUUGGAUUCGGUUUGCUCAAUGUAUUAGACGUUACAGGGAUACUGGAGAAUCAUUUCCACACUUAGCCAAUGCUGGAAAAUAUUCAACAACCUUUUUUGUGGUACUUGCAAGAGCGUUGUUGAAGAGAAACCAUUACUCAGAUAACUAUGAUAAUCCGUUUUUUUAUUUUUGGAUAUUUUGUUCUGUGAUAUGUUCAAUUUAUACGUACACAUGGGAUGUCAAAAUGGACUGGGGUUUAUUUAAUAAAAAUUCUGAAGAAUAUACAUUUUUGAGGGAAGAAAUUGUAUACGAUAAUACAGGUUAUUAUUAUUUUGCAAUUAUUGAGGAUUUACUGAUAAGAUUUUUAUGGAUUCCUCAGUAUUUACUCAUCAGUAAUAAUAUUUUAAGUACUGAAGCGGCCAUUUCUUUAACUUCACCACUUGAAGUUUUUAGACGAUUUGUUUGGAACUUUUUCCGUUUGGAAAAUGAACAUCUUAACAAUUGUGGUAAGUUCCGAGCAGUAAGAGAUAUAUCGAUUGCACCGAUUGAUUUCUCUGAUUCUGCUCUAAUCGUGCGUAUGAUGGAUGAAGAGUUUGGUGUGACUAAUAGACGGAAACGUAAAAUUUUACCAAAUAAAAAAUCCAUUAAAGAGGAUAAAUUACAGUUAGUUACCGACCAAAAUUCAUAUUCUUUGGAUUUAACUGAAUAAAUUAAAGAAACAACAAAUAUGUAAUGUUUCUACUUUAUUAUUCCAUUAUACUUUACACACAAAUAUAUUUUAUUCUUGAUAAUAGACUUUAUGUGCUCAAUUAUAUACAUAUGUAUAUAUGGUCAAAAACAAUCGAAUUUAAUUACAUUUUUAGAAUGUUGUAUUUCUAACUAAUACAAAUUGCUUAAACGUAUUACUUAAAUAAGGGUACAGAAAUGAUUUUAU